AUGUCGCGAAUCUUAAACAGCGGUUCCACCGGCGGGAAACCCGCUAACGCUGGUGACGCGGCGCUCAGCGACAGGCCGGGGGGAGACAACGGUGCGGGGGCUGGCGGAACUGCGACGAUCCUCAUGGAUUUCCGCGCGCCUUCUGCCGGAGCUCCGCCGGCCCCGGCGCACGACGCGCGCUCCUCGCGCCCCUCUUCCUCCGCUUCCGCCUCGUCCUCCGCCUCGUCUUCCCCCUCCUCCUUCACCCCCCCUUCCGGCCAUCCCUCCGUGUUUUCCGGCGGCGCUUCCGCCGCGCCUCCCGGCGGUACUUCCGCCGAGCGCAUCAGGUUAGAUCUUAUGCCCCCAUCUCGCCACCCGUUUCCGCCUUCCGCGUUCCCCGGUGGAGCCGGCGUAGCGGGUGCGCGCGGAGCGGGCGGAGCGGGUGUGCGCGGCGGCCGCCACACCGCGUCGCUGGACCUGGAGCGGAUGCGCGGUCUGGGGUUUGGGGGAGAUGGCGCGGAAGGGGGAACAGGCGCGGGGGCGCACGCGGGGGAAAAGCCAUGGGGGAGAAGCAUGAGCAUGGUCCCCAGCCUAGGGCGCGCGGGUGCUGGGGGAAGCGGCUUCGGGGGAGGAGGCGGUGGGGGAACCACGGGGGCAAACUCCCCCGCCGGAGCUGGAGAGGGGAGCGGGGGAUUUUUUGGGGGAGUCCGCGGAGCCCUGCGCGCAGGGGCAGGGGGGAAGCCGUCCGCAGGGGGAGGCGGAGUGGGAGGGGGAGGGGCAGGGGCGGGAGGGCUUCAGGCGCGCGCGGGGGGGAAGCGCGGAGCGGGGGCAGGAGGCGGAGCAGGAGUGGAAGCAGCGGAGACGGCAGAGGCGGCUUGCGAGUGGUACCGGGGGGAAGGGGGCGAAACCGUCGUCGUGCUGCCACGUCAGCCGUUGACCGACGCGCUGGUGUUCGACGACCCUGCCACGUCAGACAUCCGCGUGGACGUGUUCGCGCGUGACGGAUCCCUGCACGCUUCUAUCGCCAUGCACUCUCAGGUGCUCCGAGAGCAAUCGGAUUUCUUCUUCUCUGCUCUGCCCCGUCGCCCCACCAGAGCAACGGGCACCACCGCUGCUCAGGGUGCCUCCGCUGCUGCUGCGGCGGCUGCUGCUAGCUCGCACAGAAACGCAGCAGGAGGAGGAGGAGGGGGAGGGGGAGGGGGAGGCGGAGCGUCUCACUCGCCGCUUCCGCCCUCUCCGUCACUCUCUCUUCGACCCCCCUGGGAACAGCAAGAUAGCCUCCCAGGAGACGGGGGAGGAGGGGGUAGAAGGUCGUUAGAGUUGCUUGCACACAACCAUCACCACCACCCCCACCAGCAGCACCAGCAGCAGCAGCACCUGCCACAGCACCAACCGCGAGGCACCUUCUCCAACCACCCUCUCCCUUCCCCCUCCUCCUCCUCGUCUUCCUCCACCUCCACCACCCCCCGCUCGCACCCUCUCCCUCCCUCCCACCCCCCCACUUCCUCCCACCCCUCCACUCCCUCCCACUUGGGUCGUGUGUCUGUGAGAGUGAGCGACUUGGUUGCCCAUCCUGAAGCCUAUGUCUUCACCCUCCGUCUUUUCUAUCACGAGCCGACCAUUCUAGAUGAAAUCGUGGCCGUUGGAUCCAUCUGGCGUGUGCUCGACAUGCUCGUCGCCGCUGCUGACCUCCAAUUCCACGCCGCCACGUCAGCGUGCGUGGAUUUUCUGGAAUCCGUGCCGUGGAGCGAGGAGGAGCAAUUGGGAGUGGUGCGGCUGCUGUCGUUCCUUCAGCUGCCCGACGCCCGCCCAGUUUUGGACCGGCUGCCCGUGAAAAACCUCCUGGAGGAGGAAGCAGUCACAGCAGCGGUUCGCGUGCUUCUACAGAGGGGUUUAUCUUGUCGGGGAGGAGCAGAAGGGGGAGGAGAGAAAGGAGGAGGAGGGGAAAGGGGAGGGAAAAUUGGAGGAGGAGGGGGAGGGGGAGGGCUGGGAGGGUCGGCAGGCAGAGACACAGGAGGAGUAGGUGGAGGGAAGGGAAAAGGAGGAGGAGGAGAAGUGGGAAUGGUGGCAGAGAGAGAGCCAGGCUUGCCAGGAGCUGGGGAGGAAGAGAGGGACUGGCUUACCAUGCUCGUCCCACCACCCCCCUCAUCCCCUUCAUUGCCUGAUUCGGUAUAUGGAAAGGACGGGUCGCUGACGUGGCUGGUGGGUUUGAUGCUAGAGCAUGGACUGGCCGACGAGGUGUUUAAGUGGUUGGCGACAGAUCAUGAGUUUGUGGGGGAAGUUCUGAAUUGGUGCCGGCAGCAGCAGCAGUGGAGAGAGGCUCGGGCCGAGGCUCGGCGGGCGGUUCGGCGGCUUGAGGCGAAGAGGCGGAGGGAGAAGGAGGGGAGGGGGGCGAAGGGUGGGGGGGAUGGGCAUGGGGUGGUAGGAGGGCAGGAGGGAGAGAAAGAGGGGAAGGGAGAGGAAGCGGGGAAGGCAGUGAGAACAGUUGCUGCAUUGGGAGCAGUGAGAGGGAGAGAUGGUGUGAGCAAUGCUGGGAGGGCAGAGCGUGGUGCCUGGAAUUCUCUCUCUCGCACCGCAACUGCUGCUGCCAUCACUCGUUCCGGCAGCAGUGGUGGCGGCGUGACUAUUUCUCCGCUUCUUGGCCCGGCAACUGCCAGGAUUGGCCUCGGGGAAAGUGCAGCUGCAGGAGCAGCAGCAGACAUAGCAGCAGCAGGUGUAGCAGCAGCAGGCGUAGCAGCAGCAGGCGUAGCAGCAGCAGGCGUAGCAGCAGGCGUAGCAGCAGCAGCAGCAGCAGCAGCAGCAGCAGGUGCAUCACCACCAGCAGCAGGGUUUCACGCGUCGCACUCGCUGCUCGAGCCGUCCCCUUCAGGAGGAGGCGCGGCGCCAGGGACAUUCCCAACAGCAGACCCGGGGUUCCGCAUGUGCGGCGUUGAAAUAGACUCAGAAGAGCGGGCUAUUAUGUUGUUUGGCUUCAACGAGCUGGUGCUGACCAUGCCUGCUGCUGAGCAGCAGCAGUUGUAUGGCAUGUGGAGCAGAAUGCGCGGCGGAAGUGGGGGAGGAGGAGGAGGCAAGGGAGGAGGAGGAAAGGGAGAAGGACGGGGAGAAGGCGGGGAUGGUGGGGGAACUGGAGGAGGAAAGGGGGAAGGAAGAGGAGCAGGUGUAGCAGGUGGGGGGGUGUAUGGGCGGUUGGAUGGGGGGCUAGCAGGGUCGGGAAGUGGAGAUGCUGGUGGUGAUGGGUGGGAAGGAAGGUGUUGCAAGGAGUGUGGAGAGGUGAUGGGGGGUGCGGAUGAGGAGGAGGAAGGGACGUGGUUUUCUCUGUCAGGGGCGUAUAAGAAGUGGCUCACGCGCCUGGGCCUGCCGUUUUCGUCCAAGGAUUACAACACAGAGUUCUGA